AUGGACCUGGUGCCGCGUCUCGUGCGCGCUCUGCUCCUGCUGGCCCUGCUGCUGGCAGUGGCUCCCUCGGCAGGAGUGGCCGAGGAGCUCUGCCCAGAGCCCUGCCGCUGCCCGGGCCAUGGGCGGCUGAACUGCCGCCACACCGGGCUGGCCACCGUGCCCCCGGCCAGCCGCCGCCGAGCCCUGGCCCUCCUAGAUUUCACUGGCAACUCCAUUACUGCUCUUGGUAAACAGGCCUGGAAGGACUACCCAUGGGCUGAGACAUUAGUGCUCAGGGACAAUGAGCUGCGGACAGUGAAGAGCCAUUCCCUGGAGGGGCUGUUCCUGCUGAAGCACCUAAAUCUCUCCGGGAACGGCCUCACGCGGAUCCGCAGCGGCACUUUCCAGGCCUGGCAUGGGAUGCAGUUCCUCCAGGAGCUGAUCCUCAGCCAAAACCCGCUGGUUGUGAUAGAUGACUCUGCCUUCUUCAAGCUGCCCUCAGUGCGCUCUCUAGACCUAAGUGCCACCCAAGUGAUCCCGCAGACGCUGCUGCAGCUACUACAGACCACAGUGAGCUUGGAAACCCUGCAAGUGCCCAAGGAGACGGCCUGCUGCCUGUGCCAGGAGCGUCCCCGGCCCGAGAGCCCCUGCAGGACCAUCCAGUUCCUGUGCGAGAAGCUGUGCAGCAGCAGCGCCCCGCAGUGCGUUCACUCAACUGUGCUGCAGACACGGGGAGAAGUAAUGGACAUGGAGCAACGCAGAGAGCUGAACACCAGCCCUGUGUUGAUCCUCAAGCCCAUGGAACCUUCACUGGGAGAUCAUGGAACUGCAACGCUUGUGGUUGCCCUGACCCAGAGCGCUGAGGGUGGUGUCAGCAGCCUGGAUAGCUCCAGAAGAAAUUCAUAUCCCCCUCAGCAUCUCUUGGGGCACGAAGGCAAAACAAGUGCUGGUGACCUGAGGGCCAAGGUCAAGAAGAAGCUGCACAAGGCAGAAAGCAUCAAGGCUGCAAGAAUCACUGUCCCACACCAGCCCCAGCCUGCCAGGCUGAAGCAUGUGGUGGAAAAGACACCCUCAAGCUGGCAUCAAGAGAAGAUGGAGUCACGUUUAUACUGGCAAGGAUUAAAGCCCUCAGCUGUAACUGGUGGAUUAAAACAUGCUGACGAUCCCUCCAUCUCUGGACAACACAGAGAUGAGGAGGAAGAUCCAACUGCCAGGAAGUACCACGUCAGGACACACAAACGGCACAAGAAGAAGGACAGGCAGUAUUGGGUUGGACAUAAUCCGCUUUUCUACCAGGUGCUGAGCCCUGUGAAAGUGGAGCGAAGGUCCAGAUCUGCCCAGGGUCUAAACAGGGACGUGGAUUUUCUCUCUGACCCGUUGGUUCAGAGCCACCCCGCUGUGAGCAGCAGACGAGGAGCCACGGCUGAAGAGAAGCAUUCCUCCAUCGGCGGCCACCUCCUGCUCAUGCCUGACACCAGAGAGGAGGAAGACUCCAUGCUCCUCCAUAAACCUGUGAGACCCCGAAGUGCGGACCUUGCGCCAGUACUAAAAGACCUGGAAACCAAUGCUGAUCAUCACCAGCAGUUGAUGGAGGCACACAAAGGCCUGAAGACAUUCAUGGCCCACGUGGAGAGAGCUCUGAGGAGGGACUGCAGCCUGCCCCAGCUCAAGCAGGCGUGUGCCAAGAUGGUCAAAAAGACCAGGCUGCUUCUAAAGGUGCUCCAAGGGAGGCAAGAGAACCAGGAAGCCUAUGAUCCAAUAGAGCAGUGUCGUCAACAAGAGAACAUGAUCAUUCACAUGGCCUUGGGGAAGGACAAGGGGCUCACAGGGAAGCACAAACAGAAGGUUGUGGUGUACGUGAUCACAUUUGUGGUUCUGCUGUUUUUCUUCGUCUUGGUUUUACUGAUACUGAAGUGUGUCUUCCACAAGCGCUCCCGACAGAGUGAACUUGACUCCCAGCCUGGCCACCCCAGGAAAUUGUGGCUGAGAAGGUUCUGUGCAAAACUGCCACAGAGAGGGAGGAAGGAUAACAAGGAGGCACAGAAUGUAGAGCAGCCUUUGCUCUACAGGGCAGAGAGCUCCUCCGAGUGUUGCCCCUGUUCCCAGGCUGUUCAUGGAGCAUCCCAGUGCUGUUCCCUGUUCAGCAAGUCUGAAUUGCCAUGGAUUCAACGCAUCAGGGAUGCCUAUGAAUCCCAGAGAUAAGCAUCUUGGGAAGAGGCAUAGUGUGAAGAACAAAGGUAGAAGACUUUCAAGAAGUUAAUGGGAUGCCACAAUUGUUCACCUCCCAUUUAGCUGAGGCCCUCCUUGGAUGCUGCUUUGUUUGCUGUUUUUAUUUCUUUAGAUGCUUUUUCCUUGACUGUUAUUUCUUGCUGUCACUGCUGAGGGAAGGCCAGAGGGUGCUGCAGGCAAGCACAAGCUCUGGGACACCCAGAGAAGGCAUCAGUAUCUCAGGGUUUUCCUCAUCCCUUGUCACAAUGUUUUACCCUGCAUUCAAUA